AUGUUUAAACUUAACUUGAAUAAACCUUCACAUAUUAUGCUUACCUGGGCUGGUUUAACAGUCAGUAAAACGACAUUUACCUUCGCCGUCGGGAACAAGCGUGCCUUCAAGUACUAUCCCAACCAAACCACAGAAAUAUCCUGGGAGGAAAGAGUCGCAAUGGAUGAAGCAAAUGCAGCAAAGAAGGGAUACAAAGUCAACUAUAAGGAGAUCUACAAGGCGUCUGAAGAAGCUGCGGCAGAGUCUGAGGCAGGAAAAUGA